AUGGCAUCUAAAAGUUUCGGUAUUUCAAAUUCAAUCGGUAAAGCGAAUUCCUCCGGAAUUCAAAAUUCUUUCGGUAAUUUAAGUUCUGCCGGUUUCGGUAUUUCAAAUCGACUCGGUAUUGGUACUACUUCCGGUACAGCUCCUGGUAUUUUUGGUAAAAGUACCUGUUUUUUGUUGACAUUCAUCGGUGACCUUGAUGAAAUUGUGAAGCAAAACAACAACAACAACAUCAACAACAUCAACAACAUCAACAUCAACAACAUCAACAACAACAACAACAACAACAUCAACAACAACAACAUCAUCAUCCUCUACAACAACAUCAACAUCAACAACAGUUGCAGCAACUACCUCAACUUGUAUUUAAACCUUGAGAGACCUGAAAUUGUUGACCCAAACAGCUUCAAUGCAAAAAUAUGCAGUCUGCAACAUCAACAACAACAUCGUCAACAACAACUUCAACAACAACAACAACAACAAAGUCAACAACAUCGUCAACAACAACAACAUCAACUAUUACGUCAACAGUAUUAUCAUUCGCAACAACAUCAAGAGAAACAUCUAGACCAAAACAUACAACAACAUCAGCAACAAAUGCAACAACAACAAUAUGAAAAACAACAACAUUGGUAUCAACUGCAACAAAAUCAACUACGAUUAGACCAGCAACAUCAACAGCAACAACAUCAACAGCAACAACAUCAACAACAACAUCAACAACAACAUCAACAACAACAUCAACAGCAACAACAUCAACAGCAACAACAUCAACAACAACAUCAACAACAACAUCAACAACAACAUCAACAGCAACAACAUCAACAACAUUCAAAACCUUUAAUAUUUUAUUCAUCCGAGCGUAGUUUAAUCAUUGAAUUGCACACAGAACUUUAUCAAAAUAAUAACAACAACAACAAAAUCAAUAAUAAUAAUAAUAUCAGCAACAACAACAAUAACAAAAACAACAAUAAUAACAGUAAUAAUAAUAAUAACAUCAACAAUAGUAAUACAAAUAACGUUCAGUUUAGCGUUUCUUAUGCCUUUAUCGAUAAAUCUCAGUUUGAGAUGACGAGUGGCACGAAGCGUCGCCACGAGUUCUGCACAUACGACUUCUACAGCACGAGAAACUCGAAAGCUGGAAAGUUUUAUUCGCCCGGAUACCCCCAGCCCUACCGAAUAAAUUAUAACUGCUCCUACGUCUUCCACGCACUUGACAAGGAAAGAAUCCUAAUUAAGUUCGCUUUUAUACGGCUGCUGAGGUCGUCGCUGACGUCAUCAUCACAUUUGGCGUCGUGCGAUGGCGGUGUCUUUUGUGGCUUAGAAGGAGAACGGAAAACUGUGACGUCACUGAGCGAGAAAAUGGUUGUUGUGCUCAUUUCCGCCGGAAGUAGUAACAAACAUGGCGAGAAAAGUGGCGGCGGCAAAUAUUGGGUUACGGGCGGCGAUGAUGGUGAUGGUGGUGAUUUUGGUGGCGAGGGGUUUGAGAUUACAUACCAGUUUAUCAAUGAAGAUGAUGCUGUACUACUGCAUGAUGCCCAGUCAAACCACCACAGAACGGAAAACCUACUUAGCAAUAUUUCAUCAUCGUCGUCGUCAUCACCAUCACAAUGGUCAUCAUCAUCACCACCGUCGUCGUCAUCAUCAUCAUCAUCGUCGGGCUGUACGCGCGAAUAUUUAAGCGUCCAGAGCAAGAGCGGAAGUGUCUUGUCGCCAUCUUAUCCGUCGUCUAGUGUUGCCAACUUAACCUGCAGAUACAUAUUCAGAGGACACGGAAAUGAAAGAGUCCAAAUACUUCUAGAAGAAUUUCACGGAAUAAUGGGUAACAGCAUCAACAACAACAACCAACACAACAACGAAUGCUCCGAACGGGACGACCGCCUAUUGGUCACAAGUUUCAUUUCCGGCCACCAUCGACCAGUCAGCGUUCUCUGCGCUGGCAGUCACGUGACCAGCAAGUCACUUCCUAUCAUGAGCAGCGACAACCAAUUAGAGCUCAUCUACAUUACUACUUCCGCCGAAAACAAAAUGGCCGCUGAUGGCAGUAGUAAUAGUAGUAAUAGUGGUGCUAGUAGUAGUAGUAAUAGGGGUAGUGGUACUGGCAGACGAUUCAAAGUCAAUUACUCAUUUGUGACAGAUUUUGGGAUAAAAACUGGCGUUCAGGAUGUUAAUAAAGGUUGCGAUUUUAAAUUUCCUUCCCGCCUCAAUAAAAACGGCUCCCUCUCGUCCCCAAACCACCCCGGCCACUACCCCCGCAACGUGCACUGCACCUACACAUUCGCCGGCCUUGAUGACGAACGGGUCGAGAUCAGAUUCCACCAUUUCCACAUUGAAGGCGUAGCCCCGAGCUGUCUGGCCGAUACUCAGAGCGACUACUUGGAGCUGCAGUUUUCGCCAACGCCACCGAUCGACGACGAUGACGCCGGAAGCGGAAGUAGGUACUGCGGCAAGGGCUUGCCACUUACUUCCGGGAACAGCAGUGCCCUCUUCUCCGAAGGCCCCUACCUGCUGAUGACGUUCAUAAGUAACGACGUUUACGAUGCCACGGGUUUUUCCGCCAGUUACUAUUUUUGGAAGAAGAGGAAAGACGUCACAAACCAGCGUAAGAGAAUCGUCCCAUUCGUCUCACCUCAGACAGCAAUUUUUGAACACUGGCUUGAAUUUAUAACAAGAACCACCACAUAA